AUGAGCUGGAAAUUGGCACUGACAUGGACACUCCUGGUUGGCCCCUGGGUCCUUGAAGGUGCCCGGAGCUCCAUUUCUUGGGAAGUACAACGAUUCGAUGGAUGGUACAACAAUCUUGCAGAACAUAGAUGGGGCAGCAAGGGCUCCCGGCUCCGGCGUCUGGCUCCCGCCACUUAUGCAGACGGUGUGUUCCAGCCCUUGGACGAGCCGCACCUGCCCAAUCCCCGGAAUCUCAGCAACGCCUCUAUGCGAGGUCCAGCGGGGCAGCCUUCCUUACGGAACCGAACGGUGCUCGGGGUCUUUUUUGGGUACCAUGUACUCUCAGAAGUGGUGAGUGUGGACCGGCCAGGCUGUCCUGCUGAGUUCUUGAAUAUCCGUAUCCCAGCUGGGGACCCGGUGUUUGACCCCAACGACCGGGGGGAUGUGGUGCUCCCAUUCCAGAGAAGCCAAUGGGACCCAGACACUGGACAGAGUCCUAGCAACCCCCGGGACCAGACAAAUGAGGUGACUGGCUGGCUGGAUGGCAGUGCCAUCUAUGGCUCCUCUCACUCCUGGAGUGAUGCCCUGAGGAGCUUCUCUGGUGGGGAGCUGGCAUCAGGGCCAGACCCUGCUUUCCCCAAGGACACCCAGGGAACCUUCCUCAUGUGGACGGCGCCAGACCCUUCCACAGGGCAGCGUGGGCCCCAUGGGCUAUAUGCCUUUGGGGCCGAGAGGGGAAACCAAAACCCAUUUCUGCAGGCUCUGGGCCUUCUCUGGUUCCGAUACCACAACCUGUGGGCUCGGAGGCUGGCCCAGAAGCACCCAACCUGGGGAGAUGAGGAGCUGUUUCAGCAUGCCCGCAAGAGGGUCAUCGCCACCUACCAGAACAUCGUUCUGUAUGAGUGGCUGCCCAGCUUCCUGCAGAAAAAGACCCCGGAAUAUGGAGGGUAUCGCUCAUUCCUGGAUCCCAGCAUCUCCCCCGAGUUCCUGGCCGCUUCCAAGCAACUCUUCUCCACUAUGGUGCCCCCUGGCGUCUACAUGAGAAAUUCCAGCUGCCAUUUCCAGGAGAUCACCAAUGGGAAGUCAGGAGUCUUCCCAGCUCUCAGGGUCUGCAACAGCUACUGGAAUCGAGAGAACCCAAACCUGCACAGUGCCCGAGGAGUGGAUGCGUUGCUUUUGGGCAUGGCCUCCCAGAUUGCCGAGAGAGAGGAUCAUGUGAUAGUGGAGGAUCUGAGAGAUUUCUGGCCAGGGCCACUGAAGUUCUCUCGGACAGACUACUCAGCAAGCUGGUUACAACGAGGACGGGACCUGGGACUGCCCUCUUACAACCAAGCUCGGGUAGCCAUGGGGUUAACCCCAGUCACCCGGUGGCAAGAUAUCAACCCUGAACUUUCCGAGAAGAAUGGCAUUGUCCUGGAGGCAACAGCAUCCAUGUACCGCCAUGACCUGUCCCGGCUGGAGUUGCUUCCUGGGGGGCUCCUGGAGAGCCGAGGGGAUCCCGGGCCCCUCUUCACUGCCAUCAUCCUUGAUCAGUUUCUUCGGCUUCGGGAUGGAGACCGAUACUGGUUUGAAAACACCAGGAAUGGGUUGUUCUCCAAGGAAGAGGUGGCCAAGAUACGAAAUACCUCUUUCCGUGACGUCUUGGUUGAUGUUACCAGUGUGGGCCUGAGUGCCCUGCAGCCCAAAGUCUUUAUCUGGCAAGAGGGAGACCCAUGCCCACAACCUUGGCAGAUCACGACGGAAGGCCUGCCCAGCUGUGAACCCCUGGUGGUGCUUGACUAUUUCAAAGGCAGCGGUUUUGGAUUUGGUAUCACGAUUGGGGCCCUCUGCUGCUUCCCAUUGGUCAGCCUCCUCAGUGCCUGGAUUGUUGCUCGACUCCGAAGAAAGAAUUUCAAGAGGCUUCAGGCUCAGGAACGACACAGCAUCAUGUCUGAGAAAUUUGUGGAGGGUGUGGAAGCCAUUGAGUGGCAGGGCAAGAAGGAGCCCUGCAGGCCUGUGCUCCUGAAUCUCCAGCCUGGGCAUCUUCAAAUAUUGGAUGGCCGGCUCUCGCUGCUCCGGGUCAUCCAGUUCCGGAACUCUGAGAAGAUGAGCUUGAUCCGAUCCAACAACCGGGGCCGACUGGCACUUCUGCUCAAGAUUCCCAAGGAGUAUGACCUGCUGUUGCUGUUUAACCUGGAAGAGGAUCGGCAGGUCUUUGUUCAAAGUCUUCAGGAAGCCCUGAAGAGCAAUGGGCUGAGUUUCCAGGAGUGGGAUCUUCAAGAGCAGGAAAUGAUGCGGGCAGCUGUGACUAGGAAGCGUCGGAGCCAUAUCUUGGAGACCUUCUUCAGACACCUCUUCUCCCAGGUACUGGACAUUGACCAGGCAGAUGCAGGGAGCCUGCCCCUGGACUCCUCUCAGAAAGUGCAAGAGGCCCUGGCCUGUGAGCUGAGCAGGGCUGAAUUUGCAGAAUCCCUUGGCCUCAAGCCUCAGGCCAUGUUUGUAGAAUCCAUGUUCUCUCUGGCAGACAAGGAUGGCAAUGGCUACUUAUCCUUCCGGGAAUUCUUGGACAUCCUGGUGGUCUUCAUGAAAGGCUCCCCUGAGGAGAAGUCCCGUCUCAUGUUCCGGAUGUAUGACUUUGAUGGCAACGGGCUCAUUUCCAAGGAGGAGUUCAUCAGGAUGCUUAGGUCCUUCAUCGAGAUCUCCAACAACUGCUUGUCCAAGGACCAGCUGACUGAGGUGGUGGAGUCCAUGUUCCGUGAGUCUGGCUUCCAAGACAAAGAGGAGCUGACCUGGGAGGAUUUCCACUUCAUGUUGAGGGACCACGACAGUGAGCUCCGUUUCACGCAGCUCUGUAUUAAAGGUGUGGAAGUUCCUGAAGUUGUUAAGCAACUAUGCCGACGAGUCUCCUUCAUUAACCAGGAUAAAAUAUGCCCUUCCCCCAUCUUCAAAUGUCUUCUUAGUGAUUUAGCUAAUGAGACAACACUGCAGAGAUUCAAGUGCCCGGCGGAUACAGACCCACCCCAGGAGGUCCGAAAGAGGUUUGGCAAAAAGCUGACAUCCUUCCAGCCCCGGCCUUUCACAGAAGCACGCAGAGAGAAGUUGCAGCGAAGUCGUUGGCAUCAGACUAUCCAGCAGUUUAAGCGGUUCAUUGAGAACUACCGUAGGCAUAUCGCCUGUAUCGCUGUCUUCUACUCCAUUGCUGGCGGGCUUUUCCUCGAAAGGGCCUACUUCUAUGCCUUUGCGGCACACCACAUGAGUAUCACAGACACCACCAGGGUGGGCAUUAUCCUGUCCCGGGGGACGGCAGCCAGCAUCUCCUUCAUGUUCUCCUACAUCCUGCUCACCAUGUGCCGCAACCUCAUCACCUUCCUACGGGAGACCUUCCUCCACCGCUAUGUGCCCUUUGAUGCUGCAGUGGAUUUCCACCGCAUCAUAGCUGCCACAGCCAUUGUGCUCACAGUCCUGCAUACCAUGGGCCAUGUGGUCAACGUCUACUUGUUCUCCGUCAGCCCACUCAGUGUCCUGUCUUGUCUCUUCCCUGGGUUCUUCCGGGACGACGGGUCUGAAUUGCCUCAGAAAUACUAUUGGUGGUUCUUCCAGACAGUCCCAGGCCUAACAGGAGUUAUACUGCUCAUGAUCCUGGCCAUCAUGUAUGUCUUUGCUUCUUACCACUUCCGCCGGCGCAGCUUCCGAGGCUUCUGGCUGACCCACCACCUCUACAUUUUGCUCUAUAUCCUGCUCAUUAUUCAUGGCAGCUUUGCCCUCAUCCAGCUGCCCCGCUUCCAUAUAUUCUUCCUGGUCCCAGCUCUUAUCUAUGGUGGGGACAAACUGGUGAGCCUGAGCAGAAAGAAGGUGGAAAUCAGUGUGGUGAAGGCUGAGCUGCUGCCCUCAGGUGUGACUCACCUUCGAUUCCAGCGGCCCCAGGCCUUUGAGUAUAAGUCAGGGCAGUGGGUACGCAUAGCCUGCCUGGCCCUGGGGACCACAGAAUACCAUCCAUUCACACUUACCUCUGCACCCCAUGAAGACACGCUCAGCCUACACAUCAGGGCCGUGGGACCCUGGACUACCCGACUCAGAGAGAUCUACUCACCCCCACCGGGCAUCAGCAGCAUCAAAUAUCCUAAGUUAUACCUGGAUGGGCCAUUUGGAGAGGGUCACCAAGAGUGGUACAAGUUUGAGGUGUCUGUACUGGUGGGUGGGGGCAUUGGGGUCACUCCCUUUGCCUCCAUCCUCAAAGACCUGGUCUUCAAGUCAUCAGUAAGCUGCCAAAUGCCCUGUAAAAAGAUCUACUUCAUCUGGGUGACGAGGACCCAGAGGCAGUUCGAGUGGCUGGCAGAUAUCAUCCGGGAAGUGGAGGAGAAUGACCUUAAGGAGCUGGUAUCUGUGCACAUCUACAUCACCCAGCUGGCUGAGAAGUUUGAUCUCAGGACCACUAUGUUGUAUAUCUGUGAGCGGCACUUCCAGAAGGUGCUGAACCGGAGUCUCUUCACUGGCCUGAGAUCCAUCACCCACUUUGGUCGCCCCCCCUUCGGCCCCUUCUUCAGCUCCCUGCUGGAGGUCCACCCACAUGUGCGGAAGAUCGGGGUGUUCAGCUGUGGUCCCCCUGGCAUGACCAAAAACGUGGAGAAAGCCUGUCAGCUCAUCAACAGACAAGACCAGACUCACUUCUCCCACCAUUACGAGAAUUUCUGAGGCCAGAUAGAGAGCCUCUCAUUUGCCUACCUCUGCUCAGCUGGAGCUCAAGGGACAGCUCCUUAUCAGGCCUAGCUCAGCCCUUUUCUUACCUGCUGAGGUGUUUGGGGCUUCACGUGAUUGCGAUCACAUGUGAGAACCCAGGCUAUGUCCCAGCCUCUUGACCUGGAACCAAGAUGG